AUGUCUUCAAAACCCAGAAAUGAAAUAUUGGGUACAUGCAUAACAGAGCUACCGCCAUGUUGUUUAAGGAUUUCACCUCAAGAUAAUUCAGUCAUUGUGGUAGGUACUUAUAAGCUUGAAGAAGAAGGCACUAGACAUGGGUCAAUCGAUAUAUAUAAGUAUUCAAACGAUGUAUCGUCGAACUACAACUUGAAACUUUUGAGCAAAAUAGACACAGAAAGCGCCGUUUUAGACAUAAAAUUUCACAAUUUUGAUCCUUCAUUAUUAGCUCUGUCUCAUUCUACGGGUAACGUUGUAUUAUGGAAGUUUGAUAUAGAGCAAAAAACAUUGGAUAAGUUAACGAAUAUAAAAAUUGGAGAGCUGGACUGCUUGGUUACAUCAGUCUUUUUCUCUCCUGUUGAAAGCGAUAGACUUGUUGCUACUACAACUUUUGGAAAUGUGUUUUCGAUUGACCUUUCAGACUUUUCGAUUUCAAGAAUGGAGAAGGCCCAUGAGUUAGAAUGUUGGACGGCAUCAUUUGGUGAGUUGGGUCAAUUAAGCAAUGUUGUAUAUUCUGGAGGAGAUGAUGGGAAAUUGAUUGCUCAUGACCUAAGAACAAGACAGGAAAUAUGGUCAACUAGUCAUCAACAUCAUCAAGCAGGAGUGGUUUCAAUUCUAUCACCAGGUUCUGGUUGGAAUACGCAUAACCCCAAUCAACUUUGGACAGGAUCUUAUGAUGAUAAUUUACGUAUUUUGGAUCUCAGAUUACCGGAUCCUGAGACUUCUUCAUUAAUUCCAGGAUAUGUUCCGAAAGUCAUAGAAGAAAAAAAUUUGGGAGGUGGCGUAUGGAGGUUGAUUCCCAGCCCUUUGGUCAGUGACAAUAGGGUUUUAAGCUGUUGUAUGUACGAUGGGGCUAGGAUUUUAGACUCAAAAGGUAACAGCAUUGAAGUGGACAAAUAUUUUAAAGGCGAACAUAAUAGCAUAUGCUAUGGAGGCGACUGGGCUUCCAAUGGAUCACUUGUGGCUACUUGCUCUUUUUAUGAUAAAGUAUUGCAUCUAUGGUCGCCAGACGAGCCAGUCAUCUAUAACUAA